ACCUAGCUAUAGCAACAGUGGCGUGUCUAAUCAGACUAGGGGCUGACCCUCUUCUCAAGAACACCUUCAACUCAAGCCACUGACAUGCUCGCUCUCAAACACUUUCCUCCAAAGAACUUCACCCCAAAACUGGAGGAGAAAGCCCUUCUCUGGUAAGAGGAAUGUUGUUGUGUCCUGGUCCCAGCCAUACCUCAAACAAAGUCACAGAACAUAACUUUAUAAUUAUAGCUGAACUGCAUGUGUACUUAGAUCAUUACAUUACUUGUUUGUAUGCAGUGCUUUAGAAAUGUUAAUUAUGCCAUAUGGUAUGAGGGGGUGGAAGCCUACACAGUGUAGAAUUCCUUUGUGGCCUACUGCGCAUGUGCAGACAAUUAGAUGGGAUUCUACCACAGCAUGCAAUAUGGCAUGGACUAGUAUAGCUGCUGUGACCGUCUCCACAGAUGCUCUCCCUCUCAAGAUCAGUCCCAGAGAUGGCAAUACAUCCCUGCAGUUCCUCAAGGAGUGGAUGGCAGCCAACAAAGACUGGCUGGACCAGAAGCUCCUGGAACAUGGAGCCAUCUUAUUGCAAGGGUUUGAUGUGAACGAAGCCAUCGACUUCCAAGAAGCUGUACUGCAGUUCAGCCCUGACCUGUGUGACACGUACAGAGGCACCUCUCCAAGGAACCAAAUCCUUGGAACCCAGUACGUGUUCUCGGCCAGUGAGUUCCCCCCACACUACCCUAUCCCCCAACACCUUGAGAUGGCGUUCCUGCCCGCCCCUCCUCGGAGACUGUUCUUCUGCUGUCUGGAGGCACCCACCUCGGCAGGAGGGGAGACUUGUCUGGCCGACUACAAGAAAGUCUAUGAGACCAUGGAUCCGAAAAUUCGACAAAGUUUUGAAGACAAAGGAGUGAUGCAUAUUCGUAACUAUGUGCGACAGAGGAGCUACUUCACAGACCCGUCCAUGAUGAAGGGGUGGGAGGCCGUGUUUGGCACCAAAAAUCGAGAAGAAGUUGCGCGGGAACUGACAGAGGACCAAAUGGAGCACUCGUGGGGAGAGAAUGAUUCUCUGAGGAUAGUGAACCGUGUCCCUGCUAUAGAGAAGCAUCCUCAGUCCGGCCACAAAGUGUGGUUCAAUCAUUUAAUGGUAUUUCAUUGGACCAUGUAUUAUGACGAGCCCUACCGUGUGUACCAGCGCCUGGGAGGUCUCAAACAGCUGCUCUACUCCUGGGUCCUGUGGGCUGCCAGCUUCUUCUAUAUCGGACUGAAAGCACCCUCGGCUAAACUGAGCCUUGGUAUGAACACUUGCUAUGGCGAUGGUGCGGCCAUACCUUAUCGUACAGUGAGCCACGUUAGAGACACAGUGUGGAGGAACCUUGUGUUCAAUCGCUGGAAGCAGGGGGACGUGCUCAUGAUAGACAACUUCAGGGUGUCUCACGGGAGACAGUGGAACCUCUGUUAACAACCACCUCCGAAUAAAGGCCAGUUGCUAUAUAACGGCCAGGCACCCAGGUCCCAAAUGAACAGUUUGUGUACAAAACAACCUCUCAACAAAGGCCACCUCUGUAUAAAGGCCAAAACAUUGUUCCCCAAAGGUGUCCGUUAUAGAGAGGUUCCACUGUAUUUGAUUGUGGUGUCACAUGCACACUGGCACUGGUACAUAGAGUACGUGAUU